GUUUGAAUAAUGACAAACGGCAAAGAGUCUGACGAUAGCGCGUCGAUGACAUUUUGAAAUUAUACAAAUGGCGUCUGUGUUCGCAUAGUGUUUCGUUGUUCUAUGUUAAACUGAGGGAUUUAUUCUCGAUAUUUGUUGUUUAGUGCUCUUGCGGCAGCUGUUCCAGCCUAAAAUUUGGAUUAAAACCGAAGCGAAAUCCCGUUGCCAACAUCUGCAUUCAAGUGAAUCAAUCCAUUUCUCUUAAAAUUUCCAGAGUUUUUGUAACGGUGAAUCAGUGACAACAGCAAACAGCCGUGGAAUUUAUGUAAUAAAACAAAAAAAAUGGCAUUGCCGCAAAAUUGUAAGCAAAUACCCGGAUCGGGUAUAAUGCCUGGAACGCCGGGAAAUCAUUCGCAUAUGAUGUCCUCUUCGCCCGUUACUUUCAACAUUUUGAAAGAACGAUUGCGCGCAUCAGGUGGAUCAAGCCAAUCGGAACGCAAUAAGGACUCGAAUCCAUUUAGCCAUAGUAAUCAUGGUAACCCGGCAUUUACACCGCAAAAAGUUAGCAAAAGCUCGAACAUUUUUGAUCCAAAGACACCCAGACCACCGAAACCACCAGAGAAACCAUUGAUGCCAUACAUGAGAUACUCACGUCGUGUCUGGGACAAUGUCAAAACGGAAAAUCCGGAUCACAAACUGUGGGAGAUUGGGAAAAUUAUCGGUUUUAUGUGGCGUGAGCUACCGACCAGGGAACGACAGGAAUACAUCGAUGAAUACGAACAAGAAAAGGCGGAAUACGACAAAGCUCUGAAGGCCUACCACAAUUCACCAGCAUUUUUGCAAUAUUUGGCGGCCAAGAACAAAGCCAAAGCAGGAAGUGAAAAUGAUCCGCAUGACACUCCAUCGCGUCCGACGAAAGCAUCACAGCAAGAUCGUCGAAUUGACAUUCAACCGGCCGAAGAUGAAGAGGAUCAAGAUGAUGGCUACUCUGUUAAACAUGUGGCGUAUGCACGUUUCGUACGCAAUCAUCGUCUCAUCAACGAAAUCUUCUCCGAUAUGGCGGUGCCAGACGUUCGCACCGUUGUCACAACCAAUCGAAUGAUUGUGUUGCGUAAACAAGUUCAAUCGUUGACCAUGCAUCAAAUGAAACUCGAAGCCGAACUCUUGCAAAUGGAGGAGAAAUUCGAGGCGAAAAAACGAAAACUUAUCGAAUCUAGCGAUGUUUUCCAAGAAGAACUGAAGAAGCAUUGCAAGCCGGCUGUGGACGAUGAUACGUUCCAAAAGUUGGUCAAUACAAUGUAUGAGAAGAUGCGUCAGCCACGCAUGAUGGACGAUUCGAAUUCAAAGAAUCUGUCUCGGCCCGAUGACAUCGAAUUACAUAAUAGUGUGGAACAUCCGGCACCAAAUACAGCCACUGAAGCGCCAAUCACUGACCAUGAGAUGAUUGUCUUGCAUCAAUCCAUACAGCCAAUAAAAUCGGAGAAUAUUGCUGUGCCAGCACCGAAUGAUCUGAAGAAGGAAGAAUUAACGACAAAUACUGAGUUGACAACAUCAGAACCCGUACCGAUUGCGGUCGAGAAACCGAAGGAGCCGGAGCCACAAGAUGUACCUCCGUCGGCUGCUGCACCCGCAGCAAUACCAGUCAUACCGUCAGAACCACUCAGUACUGAACCAGAAGUGGAAAAACAAGAAAAAGCAAAAACGCAUGAGGCUCCGACAACUGAACCAAGACAGCCACAGGUUGAAGAGAAACCAGCACCCGUGCCGGAGAAAGUGGAAAAAGUGGAAAAAGCCAAAACACCCGAGAAUCCACCAACUAUGGCAUCUCCGGACAAUAAGGAACCAAAAACGUCACCCGUUGCACCAUCUGCGGUUGAAGCUGGACCAACACCAACUCAGGCGAUUGUUCCACCACCAGAAAGUGCACAAGCAACACCAAAACCAGAACAACCAUUGCCGGCACCACCCACUGCAGCAGCUGUGCCACCCAAUCAAAUUCCACCACCACCACAUGCAGGAAUGAUUCCACCACAUCAAGCUGGUCCACACCAAGCCGGUCCACAUCAAGCUGGUCCACACCAAGCUGGCCCACAUCCAGGUUAUCCAACUGGUUACCCACCACGGUCACCAUAUCAACAUCAACAACAGAAUCCACAAUAUGCGCCGCAAUACGCACCAGGUCCACAGUAUGGUUACCCAAUGUAUCCGCAUCCUCCGGCAAACUAUCAAUAUUACCGGCAAGGCCCACACUAUCCAUCAGAGCACGGGGCUCCAGUGAUGCCACCUGGUCCAAAUCCACCACAACUGAAUGAGCCACCACAAAUGGCACCAUAUGCGCCACCACCAGUACAACAACAACCACCUCCGACACCAAUGGAAACUGAUGCAAAUGAUAAAAAGCCAGAGGCCGUCAACGGUGAAAGUAAAUUGGAUCCACCGGCGGAAUGAUGAUCAAUACUUUGUGCGGUGCCGAGAGCUAAUAAAAAGCGAAAAAAAGCCGGAACCAUGUAAAAUCAAUUGACAGUUCGUUGAAAAAUUUACAACAACAAAAGACUAUAGACAAACAGUUCGUAGGACAAUACGAACAUGAUGCAUGAAGAAGAAGAAAACUUUCAAAACAUAGGAAAUUAAAUUCAAACUAAAAUAAAAGCAUCCAGCAUUUUACUUAUAUAUUUCGUUUUUAUUUCGAGAAAUUUCAACAAAAAAAGAAGUAUAUUUUUAAUUUAUUGUAAGCUGCUCCCUUAAAAGUUGAUAAUAAAGGACGUACUAUAGAGAUAA